AUGGAAAGCCCGCUGUCUAAAAAACAGAAGACGUUUGUGAACCGUGACGAAGAUUUCUCUCAAACUGAAGAGUCAGUUGACGUGACAAGAGCGUCUAGAUCAAGAACCCCCAGGAAAUUGGUGCUCGGGUCCCCAGAUAAAAGGUUUGCUUUCUCGCAGCCAGUCACAUCUUCGUCUUCUAAUGUGCCAUAUUUGCAGCCUUUGAAGAGCGAACUUUCGAGCUCCAGGGGACGUGUGUACUCGCAGUCGCCCCCAAGGUCUCCGACACGAUCACCCACACGCAAGUUGGAGCUAAUACAGCUUUCACCAACAAAAAAGACAAGGCUUGAAUCUCAAAAGACUGAGCAAGUUCGCGGUUUGGCCCAACCUAUUGAGCGGCUAUGUAUUAACCGCCUCAGCCUUCACAACUUCAAGUCCUAUGCAGGGACACAGGUGGUUGGACCCUUCCAUUCUUCAUUUUCAGCGGUUGUGGGACCUAAUGGCUCUGGAAAAUCAAAUGUCAUAGACUCUUUGCUUUUUGUCUUCGGGUUUCGUGCAAACAAAAUGCGGCAAGGCAAGCUUUCUGAUUUGAUACAUAAGUCGGAAGCACAUCCAAACCUUGACUCCUGCCACGUUGAGGUAUUUUUCCAGUACGUUCAGGACGAACUAGAUGGGAGAACCACUGUAAGGCAGGACAGACCUGGCUUGGUGGUUACACGAAAAGCCUUUAAAAAUAAUACUUCGAAGUACUAUGUCAACGGCAAGGAAAGUAGCUACACGCAAGUGACCGAGCUGCUGCGAAAAGAAGGCAUCGACUUGGACCAUAAAAGGUUUUUAAUUCUUCAAGGCGAAGUGGAAAGUAUUGCGCAAAUGAAGCCCAAAGCAGAGAAAGAAGGCGACGAUGGACUUCUUGAAUACCUUGAGGACAUUAUUGGUACCGCGAAAUAUAAGCCAUUGAUAGAGCAAACCCUAGUUCAAAUCGACCAGCUCAAUGAUGUGUGUCAGGAAAAAGAAAACAGGUAUGAAAUAGUGGAACGCGAAAAGAGUUCUCUUGAGUCGGGGAAAGAUGAGGCCCUAGAGUUCUUAGAGAAAGAAAAGAAGUUAACUUUCCUUCGCUCUAAACUUUUACAACAUAAAUUAUGGAAAAACAGCUUUAAGUCAACCAACACUCAAGAGAAGAUUAAGACGCUGGAGGAAAAGCUUUCAGCGGAACGUGCAAAAUACACAGAACACAAAAGAGAAAUCAAGCAGCUGGAGUCGGAAUCCAAGUCACUCAAUGUUACCAUUAGAGGUAUUAAAGACAGUGAGAGUUCUCUCACGUCAGAAAAACGCACUUGCGAUCGCGAUAGGGUGUCCUUGGAGGAGAAGUUGAAGAACAUAUCGCAGAAAAAAGUCAAGGCAGAAAAAACACAUCACGCCACUGUCAAUUCAAUCAACGCUACUCAGGCUAAAUUGGAAGAACUCUUUAAAGACCAAGUCCAAUAUGAAAAGGAACUAGAUGAAUUGAAUAAAUCUUUACUUGUCGAGAAAACCAAACUAGAUGAAAUCAAGAUAUCUUUAAAAGGUAAGACGGGAGCGAUAUCGGUUCAAAUUGGUGAAAUUGAGCAGGAGCUAGAGCCUUGGAACGUUAAACUUCAAGAGAAAAGAUCACAGAUCAAACUCGAGGAAACAAAAAUCUCAGUUUUAAAGGAAUCACUUGCAAAGAUAGCCGAAGAGAUUUCAAAAUCGGAAAAUGACAUCUCCAAUAAUCGCAAAAAGGUGGCUGAACAGCAUCAGGCAAUUGAAGGUCUCGAAAAAGAACACACAGACAUACAAAGGCAAAUUAUCAUAGGCCAAACUGAAUGUGAUAAUGCUUCAAAUAAAAUGAAAGAGAUGAAAGCCGUUUUAACUACACAUCGCCAGCGCAGCCUUGAUGCCAAAUCAUCUCUUUCGACCUUCGAGAACAAAAAUAAAGUUCUCUCGGCACUUCAAAGGCUGCAGAGGUCUGGUCGCAUUUCGGGUUUUCAUGGACGCCUUGGAGAUUUGGGAACGAUUGAUGACAAGUAUGAUGUCGCAAUAUCGACAGCGUGUCCUCGGCUUGAUGAUGUUGUGGUUGAAACAGUAGAAUGCGGACAACAGUGUAUCGAGCAUUUGAGAAAAAACAAGCUUGGCUAUGCAAGGUUUAUCUUAUUAGAUAAGCUGAGGUCUUUUAAUAUGAACACUAUCCAAACACCAAACAACGUGUCAAGACUAUUCGAUUUGGUUCAUCCAAUUGACAACAAGUUUAGAAAUGCGUUUUACAGUGUGUUAAGAGACACCCUAGUAGCCAAAGAUUUGAAGGAAGCAAAUCGAGUAGCUUAUGGAAAACAGAGAUUCAGAGUCGUCACUUUGGAUGGUAAGCUAAUCGAUCUUUCAGGAACAAUGAGCGGUGGUGGUAAUCACAGGGCCAGCGGAAUGAUGAAGUCUGAAAGGCUCAACACUGGCGCAUCAUUCACGGCAGAAGAAGUCCGUCAAAUAGAUGAGGAACUUACUGAAAGGGAGCGUAAUUUCAAAAUAGCUACUGACACUUUGCAUGAGAUGGAGGAUGCUUUACAAAGUCUCAAAGACCGGGAACCUGAAAUCGAGACUGAUAUAUCAAAGAGGAGAAUGGAGAUAGACUCUCUUCUCUCGGAAAUUAAGUUGUGUGAAGACAGGGCAGCAAGUCUAAAAAAAGAGCAAAAGCUAAACGAAUCUUCCGAUGACACCUUAAUAGAAGCAAACUCAAGAUUAGACUCUUUGAAGGCAGAGUGCAAACUGCUAGAAGGUGAAAUGAAAUCAAAGAAGAACAAGAUCAAGGAACUACAGGAGCAGAUAAUGAAGAUUGGCGGUACAAAACUUCAGUUGCAAGGUUCUUUAGUUGACUCGAUAGGCCAAAGAAUUAGCAUUACUCUUGGAAAGCAAAAGAGGGACAAGACUGCAGUGAAAAAAGCCGAGAAUGAUCUAAAACGAUAUGAGAAGCAAGCCGGCCAACUUUCAGUUGACAUUGAUCAAUGUACUAAUGAACUCGAAUCGAUAAAAGAACUGAUUUCUUCCUCCGAUAACAAGAUACUUGAACUAGAAGCAUCUAUUGAUAAACUUCAGAAAGAGGGAGAAGAGAUUGAAGAAAAAGUACGAGAAAUCGAAAGGCUCAUAGAGGAAAAAUCGAGUGAAGGGCAAGACUUUGCUGUUUUCGAAGUUGACAUUAAUAACCAGCUGGAAAAGCUAAAUGACCUUUUGAACCAUAUCGGAAAAGAUGGCCAUGAUCUUUUGAAGCAGCUUGAAUCCCUAAAGAUACGCGACGUAACUGCAACGCUUCAAACGCUUAACAAACUUCUGUUGUCCGAAAGUCGGUCAGGGGACGAGCUUCAUGGACAGAGCUCUGAAGCGCGUAGCCAAGAGCCCUCUAAUGGUGACUUGAUGGAAGUUGAUACAGUUGAGGGCUGUAUGGGUAACGAGCCCACUGCUUCUCAGCCGGAAGAUCAAAUGGAUGUUGAUGAGCCAGAAGAGAUGGAAACCUCCCCUUCAGAUUUGCCAAAAUUAACUGAAGCCCAGUUAAAAGAACUGAACGUUGAAGAGGUUGAGCUUGAAAUUGGACAGCUUAACGACUUUGUAGAAAAUGCAUACGCGGACAUUGAAGUUCUUGAGGAGUACACAAAAAGGCUUGUGGACUUUCAAGCAAGAAAAUUGGAAUUAAACAAAGCUGUGGAGCAGAGAGAUUCGGUACGUCAAAACUGCGACAACUUGAGAAAAAAAAGGCUUGAUGAAUUUAUGAACGGUUUUAACACAAUUUCGAUGACGCUCAAAGAAAUGUACCAGAUGAUUACGAUGGGGGGCAACGCUGAGCUGGAGCUUGUGGACAGCUUAGAUCCGUUCUCAGAAGGAGUUCUUUUCAGCGUGAUGCCACCAAAAAAAAGCUGGAGAAAUAUUUCUAACCUUUCUGGUGGAGAAAAGACAUUGAGUUCUUUGGCUCUUGUUUUCGCGCUUCAUAAAUACAAGCCCACUCCUCUCUAUGUCAUGGAUGAAAUUGAUGCUGCUUUGGACUUUCGUAAUGUUUCAAUUGUUGCCAACUACAUUAAGGAACGGACCAAAAACGCACAAUUUAUUGUGAUAUCACUGCGUAAUAAUAUGUUCGAGCUGGCGCAGCAACUUGUAGGUAUCUACAAAAACAGGAAUAUGACCAAGAGCGUGGCAUUGGAAAACAAGGAUUUGAUUAACAGGUCUUGA